AGUGGACUAUGACCAUAGUCCCACAUGCAAGGUUCUAAACAUUAUCAUGAUGAAUUGGCUAAAUGCCAUCAAAGAGCUGUGGACAGGAUAUUACAAGGAUGUCUUUCUAAUGGAGGUUUAUAUAUCAAGAUGGGACAGGGUUUAGCUAGUAUGAACCAUGUCUUACCUGUGCAGUACACAGAAACAUUAGAAAAAUUGCAUGAUCAAGCACUUGUACGUUCAGGGGAUGAGAUACAUCGUAUAUUCAUGGAAGACUUUGGAAAACCACCUACUGAACUGUUUGCCAGUUUUGAAUAUAAACCAUUGGCUGGAGCUAGUUUAGCUCAAGUUCACCGUGCUGUUACACAUUAUGGUGAACAAGUUGCAGUGAAGGUUCAGUAUGAAGAUUUACGCGAUCGAUUUGAUGGUGACAUGGCAACUCUUGAGUUACUUUUAAAAUUAAUUGGAAAAAUGCAUCCUAAUUUUGGGUUUGUUUGGGUUUUACAAGAUAUGCGCGAAACAUUAGCCAAAGAACUUGAUUUUGAAAAUGAAGCAGAUAAUUCUGUUCAAUGUUCUACCGAUUUAUCAGAUCUUGGAACUUUAAAUAAAAAUGGCUCUGUUCAUGUACCUUGGGUUGAUCGUAAACUUACUAGUAAACGUGUUCUUACUGCUGAAUUCAUCGAUGGUAUUAAAAUUAAUCAAGUAUCUGCUCUACGUGAUGCUGGUUUCUCUUUAGCUGAAUUAGAUAGUCUGUUAGUACGUGCAUUUAGUCAUCAAGUAUUUUGUACCGGUUUUGUACAUGCUGAUCCUCAUCCAGGCAAUUUGUUGAAAAUCAAAUCAUCCAUUCACUUUAUACCAUACAUCAUAUCUAGUGCAAUAUUAUGGAUUGGGUUUUUGUGUUAUUUUCCUAUUAGUAUUGCACAGAAAUUUAAAAAUCCCAACCAUAAACUAAUUGCAUAUCCAAAUACAAGUCGAAAUACUACUGAAAUUCAGUUAGUACUUUUAGAUCAUGGUCUAUAUGAUACGUUACCAUGUGAUAAGCGUAAAGCUCUGUGUAGAAUGUAUCAAGCUAUAUUAAACUCUAAUGAGUCAACAAUGAAAGAGGCUUCUUCAUUUUUGGGCGUUGAAGAUUGGUCUACUUUUGGAGAAGUUAUUCUACAAAGACCUUGGCGUCGUCAAACCUUCAAGUUACCAUCUCAACUUUCGGCAGCUGAUAAGGCUUAUAUACGAGCUACAGCAAUCGAACAUUUCGAUCGAGUCAUGUCAGUUCUUGAACAGAUGCCACGUUCAAUGCUUCUGUUUAUUAGGAAUUUAAAUCUUAUUCGUUCUAUAUGUCGUUCUCAUGGUGAUCCAAUUGAUCGUCACUCUUUAAUGAUAGAUAGUGCUAUUCUUGGUAGUAGAAUUACAACAUCAUAUUCUGGAAAGUUAAUUCCUCUGUCAUGGAUUGAUAGAUUAGUGGUGAAUAUAACACUUCAACGAUAUCACUGGAAAUUAAAAUAUGAAACAUUAUAUUUAUGGAUUCAAGGUUUGGUCUAUCAAUUAUUAUACGCUGUAGGUCAAGUACCUGAUAUCAAUGAAUUAUCAUCAUUGUAUAAUGUUGCUACUCCCAAAGCGUUAUCAGCUAACGUUUAA